AUGUGUCCUGCUUGUAAAAAUAAGGUUCCUCGCACUGGAGACCAUUCCAACACACCGGUUAAGUGCCAAGAAGUUGGUGAAUGUAGUCCUCUCCAUAAAGAUAUCGAUAUAGGUUUAGAAAUUCGUCUUUUUCGAAAUGAGCUUAGCGCUAUGAGGAAUGAGCUGAAGGAAGUCAGGGACAAUAUAACUAUGGUAAAGGAUACAGUUCUUGCGUUUAAUAAAAGCCUGGAGGAAAGGGAUUGCAGAGUGACCAAGUUGGAAAAACUAUAUGAAGAAUAUCUGAUUAAGUGCGACACUAAAAUACUAGAGGACACGAUUAGUGAACUUAGAGUCCAACUUAAUGAGAGAGAUCAGGACCUCCUCGUCAAUGACCUGGAGAUAUCGGGGUUACCGGAGCGAAAAGGUGAAAAUCCUAUCAAUACCGUGGUGCUAUGCGCUAAAAAGAUGGGUCUCGAUAUUGAUCACCGUGAGAUAGUUAUGCGGCGCGUGCUGGUGUUUUGCGUACAUCUUAUUGUAAUAACAAAGCGCUCAAAAACUGAUGUCUACUGGACCCCGCAAGAUUGUGGUGCGGAUGAGUCGGCGUGCAGUUCGGGACGAGUUCCUACGUUGUGCGCGGGUGCGACGCAACAUAACAAGUGA